GCGUGCAGCAGCAGCAGGAUGGAGAGCAAGCCAGCAGUGAAUGGCCGGGCUGUCCCUGGUGAAGUUGUGUCAGGGACCAACCACUUGUGCCAAGACGCGAUGCCGCGCAAGCAGCAAAAGGCAGCUGGCAGGGAUGUGGGGCCAGGUGCUCCAGGGAAACCCUUGGAGACAGCUGGCAGCAUUGCAGGCGUGUAUGUAGAGGCUUCAAAGAGGAUAAUGAGCUUCUAUGAGGCCACCAGAGAGCAUCUGCUGAGCCUGGAUUCGGCCCUGAGCCUCCUGGAGGCGCAGGCAGCCACGGGCUCCAUCUCCGACCCGCUGAGGAGCCGCCGUGUGCCCGUGGCAGAGGCCGUGAGGACGGGGCUGGUGGGGCUGGAGCUGAAGGAGAGGCUGCUCUCGGCUGACAGGGCUGCUACCGGCUUCCUGGACCCCUACACUGAGGAGAAAAUCUCGCUCUACCAGGCCAUGCAGAAGGAGCUGGUGGGGAGGGAGCAGGGCAUCCGCCUGCUCCAGGCCCAGGUGGCGACCGGAGGCGUCAUUGACCCGGCCACCGGCGCCCGGCUCCCGGCCCAUGUGGCCUGUGAGAGGGGGUACCUGGAUGAGGAGAUGAGCCAGCUUGCCUCUGACCCCGGCAGUGAGGACAGCAGGGUGUUCCUUGACCCCAGCACCAUGGAGAAGGUCACUUACUCGGAGCUGAGGAAGAGGUGCAUCGUGGAUCCGGCCUCAGGCUUCCUCCUCCUGCCGCUGCAGAUCACAUUCCCGGGGAUGGGAGGGAGGGUGAGCAGCAGGGACCUGAUGGACUCUGGCAUCAUCAGCCCUGACGUGUUCCGAGGCCUCGAGGAGGGAGGAAUCUCUCCCCAGGAGGUGGCAGAGAAUGAGAUUGUUCAGCACUUCCUGCGUGGGACCAGGAGCGUGGCUGGGGUUGUCCUGCCUUCCGGGGAGCAGAAGAGCCUUUACCAGGCGCUGAGGGAGCAUCUCCUGGUGCCUGGUGCUGCUCUCAUGCUCCUGCAAGUCCAGGCCUCCACUGGCAGCCUGACAGACCCCCUGAAGAACAAGAACUACUCCGUGGAUGAGGCUGUCAGGGUUGGUCUCAUUGGCCCAGAGCUUUACGAGAAGCUGUCCUCAGCUGAGAAAGCCAUCACUGGGUACAGGGACCCGUCCACCGGGGAAAUGCUCUCCCUGUUCCAAGCCAUCAGGAAGGGCUUUGUUCCCAGGGACCAUGGCCUCUGCCUCCUGGAGGCUCAGCUGGCCACAGGGGGUGUCAUCGCCCCGGGCAGGCACCUGCGUGUCCCCAUGGAGACAGCCUGCGAGUGGGGGUACCUGGACGAGGCCACCAGGCAGCUCCUGUCCAGCCCAAAUGAUGACACAAAGGGGUUCUUUGACCCCAGCUCCAAGGAGAAGCUGAGCUACGCAGAGCUGCUCCAGCGCUGCGUCACUGACCCCAGCACAGGGCUCCUGCUGCUGCCACUCCCUGGGGACAGCAGCGAAGGGUCCCAGGGGACACUUGGCUUCUUUGACCACAGGACCCAGACAGCUCUGGAAAACACGCAGGUGCCCGUGGCUGUGGGGAAAUUCAAAGGCAAGCCGGUGUCCCUGUGGAAACUGCUCUUCUCUGACUACAUCCAGGGUGAGCAAAGAGCUGCGCUGGCUCAGCAGUUCCUGGCAGGAGUGCUCUCCCUGCAAGGCUUGGGAGAGGCCAUCAGAGCCGCCGUUGAGGAAAAUGCUGCCACUGCUAACGUCACCUUCAAGGGCCUGAGGGAGCAGGUGACAGCUGACCAGCUCCUGAGCUCAGAAAUCAUCAACAAAGACUUGUUCAAGAAACUCAAGGAGGGAGAAACGUCAGCCAAAGAGGUGGUGGGCAUGGACACUGUCAGGAAGUACCUGCAGGGCACGGGCAGCAUCGGGGGGCUGCUGCUCCCCGACUCCCAGGAGAAGAUCAGCAUCUACCAGGCGAAGCGCAAGGGGCUCCUCAGGCCGGGAACAUCUCUGAUCCUCCUGGAGGCCCAGGCUGCCACGGGGUUCGUCAUUGACCCCGCUGCCAACAAGAGGUACUCUGUGGACGAGGCUUUGCGAGCAAACGUCAUCGGCCCCGACGUGUACGACAAGCUGCUGGCUGCAGAGAAAUCUGUUACUGGCUACCGAGAUCCUUACUCAGGGGACAAGAUCUCCCUGUUCCAGGCCAUGCAGAAGGAGCUGAUCGUCAGGGACCACGGCAUCCGCCUGCUCGAGGCCCAGAUCGCCACCGGCGGCAUCAUCGACCCCGUCAACAGCCACCGCAUCCCCGUGGAGGUGGCCUACAAGCGUGGCUACUUUGACAAGAAGAUGAAUUUAAUCCUCUCCGACCCCAGCGAUGACACCAAGGGCUUCUUUGACCCCAACACGCACGAGAACCUGACCUACCUGCAGCUGAAGGAGAAAUGCAUCACCGAGCCCUCCACGGGGCUCUGCCUCCUCCCUCUGAACAGCAAGAAGAGGCAGUUCGUGGAUGAGGCCACCAGGCAGGUGUUCAGGAGCUCCUGGCUGCCCGUCAGGUUUGGGCGUCUGCGGGGGGAGAAGGUCUCGGUGUGGGACCUGCUGAACUCCGAGUACUUCAGCGAGGGGAGGCGCCGGGAGAUUUUCAACCACUUCCAGCUGAGGAAGCUCAGCCUGGAGCAAAUCCGGCUGAUGCUGGAGGAGGAGAUGAAGAAAUGGGCCCCCAUCAAGUUCCCGGCCAUGAGAGGCAACGUCAGCGCUUACCACCUGAUGGAAACCGGUGUCAUCGACAGGGCCCUGUUUGAGCAGGUGCUGGAGGGCUCCGUCACCCCAGAACAAGUCCUGCACAUGGACUCUGUCAGGAAGUACCUCUACGGCUCAGGCAGCAUCGGGGGGAUCGUGCUCCAGCCAUCCAACCAGAGAAUGAGCAUUUAUGAGGCCAUGAAGCAGAACAUCGUUGUGCCAGGAGUGGCCCUGCCCCUGCUGGAGGCCCAGGCUGCCACGGGCUUCAUUAUUGACCCUGUGAACAACCAGAAGCUCUGUGUGGAUGAGGCCGUCAAGGAGGGAGUCAUUGGGCCAGAUGUCCACGAGAAGCUGCAGCAGGCUGAAGGGGCCGUGACAGGCUAUAAAGACCCUUUCACGGGCAAGAAGAUCCCCCUUUUCCAGGCCAUGAAGAAGGGCCUGAUUGCGGACAAGCAGGCCAUGCAGCUGAUGGAGGUGCAGAUGGCCACAGGAGGCAUCAUCGACCCAACGUGCGGCCACCACAUCCCCCUGGAGUCGGCCCAGCAGCGAGGCUGCCUGGAUGAGGACACCAGCAAGGCCCUCUCCAAGCCCAGCGACGACCACAGGGUGUUCUGCCUCCCGGACAGCAAAGAGAGCGUGACCUACGCCGAGCUCAUCCAGCACUGCCAGAAGGACGACGUCUCCGGCUUCCACUUGCUGCCUCUGGCACAGGCAGCUGCUCCUGCCUACACCGACGAGCAAAUCCAACAGAUCUUCAAGGAAACCAUGGUGAAGGAGAAAGGAGUGUCCCUCUGGGAGCUCAUGCACUCGGGGUACUUCACCAAGGAGCAGAGGAGCGACUUCGUGGAGAAGUUCCGGUCAGAGGAGCUGUCGCUGGAGCAGCUGGUGGCUCUGGUGCUCAGGCUGGUGAGGGAGAUGGAGAUGAAAGCCAGGACACAGAUCUCCCUGGAAGGACUGAGGGGCAGUGUCCCUGUGGUCUGGCUGCUGGACACGGGCAUCAUUUCCCAGAAGACGUUUGAAGAACUGGCUCAGGGUGUAAGAACUCCCGAGGAAGUGGCUGAAAUGGAGAGCGUAAAGAGGUACUUGAAGGGCACAGGCAGCAUUGCUGGGGUCUUCAUAGAGGCAACCAAACAGAAGAUGAGCUUCUAUGACGCCAUGAAAAACAACCUCCUCCUCCCUGGUGCUGCUCUGAGGCUGCUCGAGGCUCAGGCAGCCACAGGGUACCUGACUGACCCUGCCACGAACCGGAGGCUCAGCGUGAGGGACGCCGUGAGAGCGGCCGUUGUUGGAGAGGAGCUGUCUGAGAAACUCCUUCAGGCUGAGAGGGCUGUGACGGGCUACACAGACCCCUACACCGGGGGCUCCAUCUCCCUGUGCCAGGCGCUCAGGAAGGAGCUCAUCCCCCUGGCAGAGGCCGUGCCCCUGCUGGAGGCCCAGCUGGCCACAGGAGGGGUGGUCGAUCCCAUCCACCACCUCCACCUGCCGCUCCAGGCUGCCUGCAGGUACGGCUUCUACGACGAGGAGCUGAACCAAACCCUCUCUCAGCUGGAUGACAGCACCAAGAGCUUUUUUGACCCAAACACCAAGGAGAACGUGACCUACCAGCAGCUGAAGGACCGGUGCAUUCGCGAUGCCGAGUCGGGUCUGUGGCUCCUCCCUCUGUCAGAAGACGCCAUGUUCUGCGUGGAUGAACAGACCAUGAAGGUGCUGAAAUCUGUGACUGUUUGUGUCAACGUGGGGCGGUUCAAAGGACAGACCGUGUCUGUCUGGGACCUCCUCAACUCUGAAUACUUCUCAGACAGCCAGAGAAGAGAGCUGGUGCAAAAGUACAAGGAUGAGAAGGCUGAGGUGCUGCAAGAAAUCACCACAAUUAUCACCACAAUCAUCCAAGAGACUGAGGCACAGGGCAAGAAGUUCGCAUUCAAGGGCCUGAGGAAAAGAGUUUCUGCCAGCGACCUCUUCCAGUCCCAGCUGAUUGACAAAAAAACCCUCGAUGAGCUCAACCAGGGGAAGAAAACAGUCAAAGAAGUGACUGAAAUGGAGUCUGUCCGCAGGUACCUGGAGGGCACUAAUUUCAUAGCAGGGGUCCUUAUCCAGCCAAGCAACGAGAAGAUGAGCAUCUACCAGGCCAUGUGGAAGGGCAUCCUGAGGCCGGGGACCGCCCUGGUGCUGCUGGAGGCACAGGCAGCCACCGGCUACAUCAUCGACCCUGAGAAAAACAAGAAGUUUUCGGUGGAGGAAGCGUUGGAGGUGGGUCUGAUUGGAGGGGAGAUUUUUGAAAAGCUGCUCUGUGCUGAGAGAGCCGUGACAGGCUACACGGACCCCUACACCAAAGCCCCCAUGUCCCUGUUUGAAGCCAUGAACCAAGGGCUGAUUGUGAAGAGCCACGGCAUCCGCUUGCUGGAGGCCCAGAUCGCCACGGGCGGCAUCAUCGACCCCGUGCACAGCCACCGUGUCCCCGUGGAGGUGGCCUACAAGCGUGGCUACUUCAACCAGGAGAUGAACCAGAUCCUCUCCGACCCCAGUGAUGACACCAAGGGCUUCUUCGACCCCAACACCCACGAGAACCUCACGUAUAUGCAGCUCCUGGAGAGAUGUGUCCAAGACCCGGACACCGGGCUGUACAUGCUGCAGGUUGUAAAGGAGGGAGGAAAAUAUUUCUACAUUGAUGAGUCCACAAAGCAGGCUUUACGCUCAAAGCCCCUUCAGGUGAAAGUUGGAAAGUUUAAGGACCAAACCGUUUCUGUCUGGGAAGUCCUCUGCUCUCACUACUUCUCAGAGCAGAAGAGGAAAGAGCUGGUAAUGCAGUACAAAAGCAAGAACAUAGCACUGGAAGAGCUGAUAUCCCUCAUCUUAAAAAUCAUCGAGGACACAGAGCGAAGAGGAGAAGCCCUCAAGGUCAAAGGACUGCGGGGUGAGGUGUCAGUGUCCGAGUUGUUCAACUCUGAGAUAAUUGACAAGAAAACUCUGGAUCAGCUCCAGGACGGGAGUCUCACCCUUGCCAGCCUCACAAAGAGGGACACCAUCCAAAGGUACCUGGACGGCACUGGAUGCAUCGCCGGCGUUCUCCUCCCGCUGAGGAAAGAGGUGAUGAGCAUCUACCAGGCGCUGAAGAAAGGCCUUCUCACAGAGCAGUGUGCCCUGGGGCUGCUGGAGGCACAGGCAGCCACCGGCUUCCUGGUGGACCCCCGGAGCCACCAGAAGCUCUCUGUGGAUGAAGCCGUGUCCUCUGGGCUGGUGGGCAGCGAGCUGCGUGAGCAGCUGCUGUCGGCAGAGAAAGCCGUGACGGGAUACACGGACCCUCAAACAGGGAAUAAAAUAUCUCUGUUCCAGGCUGUGAGGCAGAAGGUAAUAGUCAGGGAUCAGGGCAUCCGCCUGCUGGAGGCCCAGAUCGCCACUGGUGGCAUCAUUGACCCCUGGCAUGGCCACCGCCUGCCCCUGGAGGUGGCCUACAAGCGUGGGCACCUGGAUGAGGACAUGUUCCUCCUGCUUUCAGACCCAGACCACGGCAGCAAAGGAUUCAUAGAUCCCAACACUCACGAGAAGAUCAGUUACAGCCAGCUCCUGCAGAGGUGUGCCAAAGACAGGGAGAGUGGCUUGUACCUGCUGCAGGUGCUGGAAAAGGAAGGCGACUAUUUCUACAUUGAUGAGCAAACCAAAAACGCCCUGUUGUGCACCAAGGUCCAGGUGCCCGUGGGAAAAUACAAGGGACAGGUGUUGUCGCUGUGGGAGCUCCUCUGCUCUGAGUACAUCACAGAGGAGAAGAGAAAAGAGCUGGUGAAAAAGUACAAAGCAGAAUCCCAGCACAUUGUGCAAGGAAUCAUUGAGACAAUACUGAAGAUCAUCAGGGAAAAAGAAGAGGACAGAAGCGAUGUGUGGUUCCAGGGAAUCCGACAGCAAAUCACAGCAUCAGAACUCCUCAGUGCACAAAUAAUUACAGAGGAAACAAUAGAAAAACUCCAGAAAGGCAAAGAGACGGCUCAAGAAAUAGCAAAAUUGGAGAGUGUGAGGAGGUACCUUGAGGGAACUGGAAGCAUCGCUGGCGUGCUGGUGCCCUCCAAGGCUGACCCAAGCAAGAUGGAGAAGAUGAGCAUCUACCAGGCCAUGUGGAAGGGCAUCCUGAGGCAGGGAACGGCGCUGGUGCUGCUGGAGGCCCAGGCGGCCACAGGUUUCAUUGUUGAUCCAGUGAAGAACCAGAAGCUCUCUGUGGAAGAGGCUGUGUCCUCUGGGCUGGUGGGCAGUGAGCUGAAAAACAAACUUCUAAGUGCCGAGAAAGCUGUGACGGGCUACACCCACCCCUACACAGGACAAAAGAUGUCCCUGUUCCAGGCCAUGAAACAGGAUCUCAUAGUCAGGGACCAUGGCAUCCGCCUGCUGGAGGCCCAGAUUGCCACGGGCGGCAUCAUCGACCCCGUGCACAGCCACCGCCUGCCCGUGGAGGUGGCCUACAAGCGUGGCUACUUCGACCAGGAGAUGAGCCAGAUCCUGUCUGACCCUGGCGAUGACACCAAGGGCUUCUUUGACCCCAACACCCACGAGAACCUGACCUACCUGCAGCUGCUGCGCCGCUGCGUGCCCGACCCUGACACGGGGCUGCUGAUGCUGCAGCUGAUGGACAAGGGCUCCGUGCUCUACCAGCUGAGCGAGGAUGCCCGCAGAGCCCUGCAGGCCGCGCGCACCACGCUGGCUGUGGGGCUCUUCCAGGGCCAGAGCGUCACCGUCUGGGAGCUCCUCUUCUCCCGCUACGUCCCUGAGCACCGGCGCCAGGAGCUCCUGCGCCAGUACAAGGCAGGAACAGUCACCAUUGCACAGAUAAUCGACAUCCUCGUGCACAUCAUCACCAGGGCUGAGGCCCAGGGCCACAGUGACAAUGGAGUCCCCAAGGCCACAGAAAAGGAGAUCCUGCCUGAACCCAUCCAGAAUGGUAGUGCCUCAAAGUCCCAGAAGGAAGAGAAACAGGAACAGGAGCAGGAGCAGGAGCAGGAGCUGGAACGGUCUCUCAAGUCCUACACAGUGGAGGUCUCAGCAGGCGGCUUCCACGGCAGGAAGGUGUCCCUGUGGGAGCUGCUCUUCUCCAAGUUCGUGUCCGAGGCCAAGCGCCAGGAGCUGCUGGGGCGGCUGCGGGCCGGGAGCCUGGCGCUGGCCGAGCUGGCCACGCUGCUCACCCUGCUGGUGGAGGAGGCAGCACAGCGCGGCAGCAGCGUGAAAUUCACGGGCCUCCGGAGGCAGGUGAGCGCCUCGGACCUGCUGGACUCGGGCAUCAUCGACACGGGCACGCUGGCCGAGCUGGUGCAGGGCGCCAGGACCGUGCAGGAGGUGACGCAGAUGGCCUCGGUCAAGCGCUACCUGGACGGCACGGGCGUCAUCGCCGGCGUGCUGGUGCCCUCCAAGGCCGAGCCAAGCAAGAUGGAGAAGAUGAGCAUCUACCAGGCCAUGUGGAAGGGCAUCCUGAGGCAGGGAACAGCGCUGGUGCUGCUGGAGGCCCAGGCGGCCACCGGCUCUGUGGACCCGGUCAAGAACCAGAAGCUCUCAGUGGACGAGGCCGUGUCCUCUGGGCUGGUGGGCAGUGAGCUGCACGAGAAGCUGCUGUCAGCAGAGAGGGCCGUGACGGGCUACUCUGACCCCUACACAGGGGACAAGAUCUCCCUGUUCCAGGCCAUGAAGAAGGAGCUGAUCGUCAGGGACCACGGCAUCCGCCUGCUGGAGGCCCAGAUUGCCACCGGCGGCAUCAUUGACCCCGUGCACAGCCACCGCCUGCCCGUGGAGGUGGCCUACAAGCGUGGCUACUUCGACCAGGAGAUGAGCCAGAUCCUGUCUGACCCCGGCGACGACACCAAGGGCUUCUUUGACCCCAACACCCACGAGAACCUGACCUACCUGCAGCUGCUGCGCCGCUGCGUGCCCGACCCGGACACGGGGCUGCUGAUGCUGCAGCUGAUGGACAAGGGCUCCGUGCUCUACCAGCUGAGCGAGGAUGCCCGCAGAGCCCUGCAGGCCGCGCGCACCACGCUGGCUGUGGGGCUCUUCCAGGGCCAGAGCGUCACCGUCUGGGAGCUCCUCUUCUCCCGCUACGUCCCUGAGCACCGGCGCCAGGAGCUCCUGCGCCAGUACAAGGCCACAGAAAAGGAGAUCCUGCCUGAACUCAUCCAGAACGGCAGUGCCUCAAAGUCCCAGAAGGAACAUCAACUGAAACAGGAGCAGGAGGAGAAGAUGGAGCGGUCCCUCAAGUCCCACAUGGUGAAGGUCUCGGCCGGCGGCUUCCAUGGCAGGAAGGUGUCCCUGUGGGAGCUGCUCUUCUCCAAGUUCGUGUCCGAGGACAAGCGCCAGGAGCUGCUGGGGCGGCUGCGGGCCGGGAGCCUGGCGCUGGCCGAGCUGGCCACGCUGCUCACCCUGCUGGUGGAGGAGGCAAGCCAGCGCGGCAGCAGCGUGAAAUUCACGGGCCUCCGGAGGCAGGUGAGCGCCUCGGACCUGCUGGACUCGGGCAUCAUCGACACAGGCACGCUGGCCGAGCUGGUGCAGGGCGCCAGGACCGUGCAGGAGGUGACGCAGAUGGCCUCGGUCAAGCGCUACCUGGACGGCACGGGCGUCAUCGCCGGCGUGCUGGUGCCCUCCAAGGCCGAGCCAAGCAAGAUGGAGAAGAUGAGCAUCUACCAGGCCAUGUGGAAGGGCAUCCUGAGGCAGGGAACGGCGCUGGUGCUGCUGGAGGCCCAGGCGGCCACCGGCUUCCUGGUGGACCCGGUCAAGAACCAGAAGCUCUCAGUGGACGAGGCCGUGUCCUCUGGGCUGGUGGGCAGUGAGCUGCACGAGAAGCUGCUGUCGGCUGAGAGGGCCGUGACGGGCUACUCUGACCCCUACACAGGGGACAAGAUCUCCCUGUUCCAGGCCAUGAAGAAGGAGCUGAUCGUCAGGGACCACGGCAUCCGCCUGCUGGAGGCCCAGAUUGCCACCGGCGGCAUCAUCGACCCCGUGCACAGCCACCGCCUGCCCGUGGAGGUGGCCUACAAGCGUGGCUACUUCGACCAGGAGAUGAGCCAGAUCCUGUCUGACCCCGGCGAUGACACCAAGGGCUUCUUUGACCCCAACACCCAUGAGAACCUGACCUACCUGCAGCUGCUGCGCCGCUGCGUGCCCGACCCGGACACGGGGCUGCUGAUGCUGCAGCUGAUGGACAAGGGCUCCGUGCUCUACCAGCUGAGCGAGGAUGCCCGCAGAGCCCUGCAGGCCGCGCGCACCACGCUGGCUGUGGGGCUCUUCCAGGGCCAGAGCGUCACCGUCUGGGAGCUCCUCUUCUCCCGCUACGUCCCUGAGCACCGGCGCCAGGAGCUCCUGCGCCAGUACAAGGCGGGGACAGUCACCAUUGCACAGAUGAUCGACAUCCUCGUGCAAAUCAUCACCAGGGCUGAGGCCCAGGGCCAAAGUGACAAUGGAGUCCCCAAGGCCACAGAAAAGGAGAUCCUGCCUGAACCCAUCCAGAAUGGUAGCGCCUCAAAGUCCCAGAAGGAAGAGAAACAGAAACUGGAACAGGAGAAGGAGGAGGAGCUGGAGCGGUCACUCAAGUCCCACACGGUGGAGGUCUCGGCAGGCGGCUUCCACGGCAGGAAGGUGUCCCUGUGGGAGCUGCUCUUCUCCAAGUUCGUGUCCGAGGCCAAGCGCCAGGAGCUGCUGGGGCGGCUGCGGGCCGGGAGCCUGGCGCUGGCCGAGCUGGCCACGCUGCUCACCCUGCUGGUGGAGGAGGCGGCGCAGCGCGGCAGCAGCGUGAAAUUCACGGGCCUCCGGAGGCAGGUGAGCGCCUCGGACCUGCUGGACUCGGGCAUCAUCGACACGGGCACGCUGGCCGAGCUGGUGCAGGGCGCCAGGACCGUGCAGGAGGUGACGCAGAUGGCCUCGGUCAAGCGCUACCUGGACGGCACGGGCGUCAUCGCCGGCGUGCUGGUGCCCUCCAAGGCCGAGCCAAGCAAGAUGGAGAAGAUGAGCAUCUACCAGGCCAUGUGGAAGGGCAUCCUGAGGCAGGGAACGGCGCUGGUGCUGCUGGAGGCCCAGGCGGCCACCGGCUUCCUGGUGGACCCGGUCAAGAACCAGAAGCUCUCAGUGGACGAGGCCGUGUCCUCUGGGCUGGUGGGCAGUGAGCUGCACGAGAAGCUGCUGUCGGCUGAGAGGGCCGUGACGGGCUACUCUGACCCCUACACAGGGGACAAGAUCUCCCUGUUCCAGGCCAUGAAGAAGGAGCUGAUCGUCAGGGACCACGGCAUCCGCCUGCUGGAGGCCCAGAUUGCCACCGGCGGCAUCAUCGACCCCGUGCACAGCCACCGCCUGCCCGUGGAGGUGGCCUACAAGCGUGGCUACUUCGACCAGGAGAUGAGCCAGAUCCUGUCUGACCCCGGCGACGACACCAAGGGCUUCUUUGACCCCAACACCCACGAGAACCUGACCUACCUGCAGCUGCUGCGCCGCUGCGUGCCCGACCCGGAUACGGGGCUUUAUUUCCUCAAUAUUGGUCCUGGAGCCAUCACUCCCCAGGACAGCACAGGGUACCUGGGCCAGGUGCGCUCCCCGCAGGGUCCCGGAGCCACCACCCCCAGCACAGGUACCUGGGCCAGCAAGAUGGAGAAGAUGAGCAUCUACCAGGCCAUGUGGAAGGGCAUCCUGAGGCAGGGAACAGCGCUGGUGCUGCUGGAGGCCCAGGCGGCCACCGGCUUCCUGGUGGACCCGGUCAAGAACCAGAAGCUCUCAGUGGACGAGGCCGUGUCCUCUGGGCUGGUGGGCAGUGAGCUGCACGAGAAGCUGCUGUCGGCUGAGAGGGCCGUGACGGGCUACUCUGACCCCUACACAGGGGACAAGAUCUCCCUGUUCCAGGCCAUGAAGAAGGAGCUGAUCGUCAGGGACCACGGCAUCCGCCUGCUGGAGGCCCAGAUUGCCACGGGCGGCAUCAUCGACCCCGUGCACAGCCACCGCCUGCCCGUGGAGGUGGCCUACAAGCGUGGCUACUUCGACCAGGAGAUGAGCCAGAUCCUGUCUGACCCCGGCGACGACACCAAGGGCUUCUUUGACCCCAACACCCACGAGAACCUGACCUACCUGCAGCUGCUGCGCCGCUGCGUGCCCGACCCUGACACGGGGCUGCUGAUGCUGCAGCUGAUGGACAAGGGCUCCGUGCUCUACCAGCUGAGCGAGGAUGCCCGCAGAGCCCUGCAGGCCGCGCGCACCACGCUGGCUGUGGGGCUCUUCCAGGGCCAGAGCGUCACCGUCUGGGAGCUCCUCUUCUCCCGCUACGUCCCUGAGCACCGGCGCCAGGAGCUCCUGCGCCAGUACAAGGCGGGGACAGUCACCAUUGCACAGAUGAUCGACAUCCUCGUGCAAAUCAUCACCAGGGCAGAGGGUCACAGUGAAAAUGGAGUCCCCAAGGCCACAGAAAAGGAGAUCCUGCCUGAACCCAUCCAGAAUGGUAGCGCCUCAAAGUCCCAGAAAGAAGAGAAACGGAAACAGGAACAGGAGCAGGAGCAGGAGCUGGAGCGGUCCCUCAAGUCCCACAUGGUGGAAGUCUCAGCUGGCGGCUUCCACAGCAGGAAGGUGUCCCUGUGGGAGCUGCUCUUCUCCAAGUUCGUGUCCGAGGCCAAGCGCCAGGAGCUGCUGGGGCAGCUGCGGGCCGGGAGCCUGGCGCUGGCCGAGCUGGCCACGCUGCUCACCCUGCUGGUGGAGGAGGCAGCACAGCGCGGCAGCAGCGUGAAAUUCACGGGCCUCCGGAGGCAGGUGAGCGCCUCGGACCUGCUGGACUCAGGCAUCAUCGACACGGGCACGCUGGCCGAGCUGGUGCAGGGCGCCAGGACCGUGCAGGAGGUGACGCAGAUGGCCUCGGUCAAGCGCUACCUGGACGGCACGGGCGUCAUCGCCGGCGUGCUGGUGCCCUCCAAGGCUGAGCCAAGCAAGAUGGAGAAGAUGAGCAUCUACCAGGCCAUGUGGAAGGGCAUCCUGAGGCAGGGAACAGCGCUGGUGCUGCUGGAGGCACAGGCGGCCACCGGCUUCCUGGUGGACCCGGUCAAGAACCAGAAGCUCUCAGUGGACGAGGCCGUGUCCUCUGGGCUGGUGGGCAGUGAGCUGCACGAGAAGCUGCUGUCAGCAGAGAGGGCCGUGACGGGCUACUCUGACCCCUACACGGGGGACAAGAUCUCCCUGUUCCAGGCCAUGAAGAAGGAGCUGAUCGUCAGGGACCACGGCAUCCGCCUGCUGGAGGCCCAGAUUGCCACGGGCGGCAUCAUCGACCCCGUGCACAGCCACCGCCUGCCCGUGGAGGUGGCCUACAAGCGUGGCUACUUCGACCAGGAGAUGAAUCAGAUCCUGUCUGACCCUGGCGACGACACAAAGGGUUUCUUCGACCCCAACACCCACGAGAACCUGACCUACCUGCAGCUGCUGCGCCGCUGCGUGCCCGACCCGGACACGGGGCUGCUGAUGCUGCAGCUGAUGGACAAGGGCUCCGUGCUCUACCAGCUGAGCGAGGAUGCCCGCAGAGCCCUGCAGGCCGCGCGCACCACGCUGGCUGUGGGGCUCUUCCAGGGCCAGAGCGUCACCGUCUGGGAGCUCCUCUUCUCCCGCUACGUCCCUGAGCACCGGCGCCAGGAGCUCCUACGUCAGUACAAGGCGGGGACAGUCACCAUUGCACAGAUGAUCGACAUCCUCGUGCAAAUCAUCACCAGGGCAGAGGGUCACAGUGAAAAUGGAGUCCCCAAGGCCACAGAAAAGGAGAUCCUGCCUGAACCCAUCCAGAAUGGUAGCGCCUCAAAGUCCCAGAAAGAAGAGAAACGGAAACAGGAACAGGAGCAGGAGCAGGAGCUGGAGCGGUCCCUCAAGUCCCACAUGGUGGAAGUCUCAGCUGGCGGCUUCCACAGCAGGAAGGUGUCCCUGUGGGAGCUGCUCUUCUCCAAGUUCGUGUCCGAGGCCAAGCGCCAGGAGCUGCUGGGGCGGCUGCGGGCCGGGAGCCUGGCGCUGGCCGAGCUGGCCACGCUGCUCACCCUGCUGGUGGAGGAGGCAGCACAGCGCGGCAGCAGCGUGAAAUUCACGGGCCUCCGGAGGCAGGUGAGCGCCUCGGACCUGCUGGACUCGGGCAUCAUCGACACGGGCACGCUGGCCGAGCUGGUGCAGGGCGCCAGGACCGUGCAGGAGGUGACGCAGAUGGCCUCGGUCAAGCGCUACCUGGACGGCACGGGCGUCAUCGCCGGCGUGCUGGUGCCCUCCAAGGCUGAGCCAAGCAAGAUGGAGAAGAUGAGCAUCUACCAGGCCAUGUGGAAGGGCAUCCUGAGGCAGGGAACAGCGCUGGUGCUGCUGGAGGCCCAGGCGGCCACCGGCUUCCUGGUGGACCCGGUCAAGAACCAGAAGCUCUCAGUGGACGAGGCCGUGUCCUCUGGGCUGGUGGGCAGUGAGCUGCACGAGAAGCUGCUGUCAGCAGAGAGGGCCGUGACGGGCUACUCUGACCCCUACACGGGGGACAAGAUCUCCCUGUUCCAGGCCAUGAAGAAGGAGCUGAUCGUCAGGGACCACGGCAUCCGCCUGCUGGAGGCCCAGAUUGCCACGGGCGGCAUCAUCGACCCCGUGCACAGCCACCGCCUGCCCGUGGAGGUGGCCUACAAGCGUGGCUACUUCGACCAGGAGAUGAAUCAGAUCCUGUCUGACCCUGGCGACGACACAAAGGGUUUCUUCGACCCCAACACCCACGAGAACCUGACCUACCUGCAGCUGCUGCGCCGCUGCGUGCCCGACCCUGACACGGGGCUUUAUUUCCUCAAUAUUGACAGCACAGGGUACCUGGGCCAGGUGUGCUCCCUGAAGGGUCCUGGAGCCAUCACUCCCCCAGCACAGCACAGGUACCUGGGCCAGGUGCGCUCCCUGCAGGGUCCUGGAGUUACCUUCCCCUCCCAGGACAGCACAGGGUACCUGGGCCAGGUGCGCUCCCCGCAUUGUCCUAGAGCCACCUAUUCCCAGAACAGGCCGGCGGGAGGAGGAGGAGGAGGAUCAGGAUCAGGAUCAGGAUCAUCAUCAUCGGAGCCUGCCGGCGAUCCAGCCUCUCUGGAUUCACGGCCAGGAGACACGCCCAGCACGCCACAGGAGCAGGAUUCUGUCCCAGAGACGAUGAGGAAGAUGAGUGGAUGCUCCAUAAACAACGAGCAGAGCAGCCCAGGUGAGCACAAGGAGAUGGACGGGGACGGCGGCAGCAGCUUCAUCGCCGGAGUCUUCCUCCAGGCCAAGGGGAAGAGGCUGAGCAUCCACGAGGCCAUGGUGAGGGGCAUGCUGAGCCCGGGCACGGCGCUGGUGCUGCUGGAGGCCCAGGCGGCCUCGGGGCUGCUCACGGACCCGGCCAGCGCCGCGCGGCUCUCGGUGACGGAGGCGCUGGCUCAGGGGCUCAUUGGCCACGACUUCUACGAGAAGCUGCUGUCGGCCGAGGGAGCCGUGACCGGGUACACGGAGCCCUACACGGGCCGCAGGAUCUCCCUGUUCCAGGCCAUGCAGAAGGGGCUGAUCGUCAGGGACCACGGCAUCCGCCUGCUGCAGGCCCAGAUCGCCACCGGCGGCAUCAUCGACCCCGUGCGCGGCCACCGUGUCCCCGUGGAGGUGGCCUACAAGCGUGGCUACUUCGAUGAAGAGAUGAACCAGAUCCUUUCCGACCCUGAGAAUCAAACGAGGACUUGCUUCGACCCCAACACCCACGAGAACCUGACCUACCUGCAGCUGCUGCGCCGCUGCGUGCCCGACCCGGACACGGGGCUGCUGAUGCUGCAGCUGAUGGACAAGGGCUCCGUGCUCUACCAGCUGAGCGAGGAUGCCCGCAGAGCCCUGCAGGCCGCGCGCACCACGCUGGCUGUGGGGCUCUUCCAGGGCCAGAGCGUCACCGUCUGGGAGCUCCUCUUCUCCCGCUACGUCCCCGAGCACCAGAGAGAGAAGCUGCUCAGGAGAUACAAGGCGGGGGCAGUGAGCAUUGCACAGAUGAUCGAGGUCCUCACCGCCACCAUCACGGCAGCAGAAAGGGACAGCGGGGCUCUGCGCUCACCCACAGCCAAGCCCAACAACGAGGCGAGGGCGUCACCCCCAGCUCAGGACACGCAGGCCCAGGAGCAGCAGCUCAGGAAGUCCCUCAAGUCCAUGACGGUCCGUGUUACUGCUGGGGAGUUCCGGGGGCAAAACGUGUCUGUGCUGGACCUGCUCUUCUCCAGAUACGUGCCUCAGGACAAGCGUCAGGAGCUGCUGGAGCUGUACAGGGCAGGGAUACUGAGCACAGAGCAGGUGGGCGCUGUGGUCACCACCAUGGUGAACCGGACAGAGGCCGCGAACGCCGCGCGGGUGGUGAACACCAGGGGCACACACAGGGCAGUGCCAGCAGCUGGGGAGGGUGAAAAGGAUUGUUCAGAACACCUGGAUGAGGCCCUGAGGUGCACCACCAUCAGUGUGCCGGCUGGGGAGCUGCAGGGACAGCAGGUGUCCCUGUGGGACCUGAUCUUCUCUGAUUACAUCCCCGAGGAGAAGAGGGAGGAGCUGCUGGACCUGUACCAUGAGAGGUUAUUAACUCUGGAGCAGAUGACAACUGUUGUCAGCACUCUGAUUAGGAAAAAAGAAUCUGCAGGCAGGAAAUUGCACAUUACAGUCAAGAGUUCCAGCAAGGACCCCGUGACAGCAGCAGGAGAGGAGGGUGAUGACAAACCUCCCAGAGAGGAAGCCUGGAAAACAACCCUGAAAACCACAAUGGUCCACGUGGAGGCUCCAGAGUUCCAGGGCAGGCAGGUGUCCCUGUGGGACCUGCUGCACUCCCGCUACAUCCCCGAGGAGAACAGGAGGGAGGUGCUGGAGCUCUACGAGGCAGGAGAGCUGAGCCUGGAGCAGGUGAGGACCGUUGUCACCACCAUUGUCACCAGGACAGCAGCAGCAGAGACAGCAGAGUCUGUGAGUGGUCCCAGGGCAGAGCCGGUGGCCACAGAGGCUGAACCCACGGCCCUGGAUGGGGAUGGGGCCUGGGAGGAGACCCUGAAGGCCACCAGAGCCGAGGUGUCAGUGGGGGAGUUCCAGGAUGGACAGACUUCCCUGUGGGACCUGCUCUUCUCUGACCACAUCCCCGAGGAGAAGCGGCAGGAGCUGCUGGAGCUGUACCGUGGGGGGACGCUGCCCUUGGAGCAGUUAAUGCUUGUUGUCACCACUCUCAUCAAGAAAAAAGAAUCUGCAAGCAGGAAAUUCCAAAUUUCAGUCAAGAGUUCCAACAGGGAUCCUGUGACAGCAGCAGGAGAGGAGGGUGACCACCAUCCCAAAGAGGAACCCUGGAAAACAACCCUGAAAACCACAAUGGUCCACGUGGAGGCUCCAGAGUUCCAGGGCCAUGAGGUCUCGCUGUGGGACCUGCUGCACUCCCGCUACAUCCCCGAGGAGAACAGGAGGGAGGUGCUGGAGCUCUACGAGGCAGGAGAGCUGAGCCUGGAGCAGGUGAGGACCGUUGUCACCACCAUUGUCACCAGGACAGCAGCAGCAGAGAGAGCAGAGAGAACAGCGCCUGUGAGUGGUCCCAGGGCAGAGCCGGUGGCCACAGAGGCUGAACCCACGGCCCUGGAUGGGGAUGGGGCCUGGGAGGAGACCCUGAAGGCCACCAGAGCCGAGGUGUCAGUGGGGGAGUUCCAGGGCAGGCAGGUGUCCCUGUGGGACCUGCUCUUCUCUGACCACAUCCCCGAGGAGAAGCGGCAGGAGCUGCUGGAGCUGUACCGUGGGGGGACGCUGCCCUGA